ACAUCAGUAUCAUCACACGUACAUUCACAAUCACGAAGACAACACACUGCACUAAAUUAAUACACACAAUAAUAAUUUCAACACAAUACACAGGUUGAACACUUACACAUGCAUACUCAAAAGAGAAGGUUUUGCCUAUUGCUUCCAACAGAAUUCCCAUUUAACAGUUUGGCUAAACGCCUCUAGUGAGUUGUAUCGGUUAUUCUGAAGUAAACACUGCAGUAUUAUGAAAUUCAUAUGUGCAUCUCACUUCUUUCAGAGCGCCUCCUAGCUGAAUUGAAUUAUUUAGUCACAUAUCUUCAGAAAAAAAAAUGACACCAUAUCCUGGACUGGGUGUGGCCAGGUAGGUGAGUGUGUGUGCUUGUGGAGUCUGCAUGAGCGAUGCUAUUAAAGACACUGUAGAUGGAAGCAGACUGAGGUUAAUGUCAAAUUUACAUUAAAUGCAUUCACUGUCAUCUUUUCAUUUUGUGAUUUUUUUCCAAAAAAAAAAAAUGCAGACAUUAAUUCUCCGAAAAGCAAGUACUUGUGGAGUAGGAGCUCCCUGAGACCUCACCCAUUGGCCAAUCCCACGUUUCUGUGUGCUGCAAAAGUUGGCAUGCUCUGUCUUGUUUUAUCUUUUUAAAAUGCCAUGCAGUUAUCUCGUCUGACAGGUUUUUCAGUGAAAGGAAGUAUAAUUCUGCACGACAGGGUUCCUCUUGUUUUUCUGAUGCUUUAUUAUUAUUAGGACUUAGGAUAAAGGUUUAGAAGGUUGGCUUACCCAGGGGCUCUACAUUCCCCAUUUAAACCUCAGAAAAAUGCAAGGUUUCUGGAUCCUGCUCUUGGCUGUUCAAAUUACGUACUCCUGUGCUACUACGGUAUAUCAUGAAGAACGGAUGUAUAGCGAACAGCUGAGUAUCAGGCUGUCCAUGGGAGCUGAGAAAUUGCAGUUUACCUCUGUGGAUGAAACAGACCACCAUGUCCUUUGGUCUAGAUUUUCCAUAACUAAAAGGGGAACAGUAACAGGAAGAGAUGGUAACAGGAAAUUUGUUAUUCGUUCUCUCACAUUUGAUGAUCAAGGCAUCUACACCGUGCUGAACUUAUGGAACAGAAAGAUGUCCAUUCAUUUAUUGAAGGUUACCACUAAAAGGAGUUCCCAGAAUUGUGUGGCUGGUGAAACAUUUAGAAUUCCACUCGGUGGCCUUGCGAAGAAUGAUGCCACACUACAUUUUUCAAACGAAGAUUUCAACCUCACUCUGGUGGAGCGUGGCUCACCUGUGGGCAACUUACAUCCUGAGUACAUGGGACGGAUCCAGGUGACUAGCAACAGCAUUGAGGUGCUCAAUGUCAAUGUGUCAGAUGUGGGCAACUACACACUCAGAGAUCGUCUGAAUCGCAAAGUCAAGAUCAUCUCUAUGAGAUUGGUUGAUCAUCAUCAAGGGAUUACUGCAGGUCCUCUGACAGCUCUGCUGCUGUUGCUCGGGAUACCACCCUGUGUUUGCUGCUGCUGUAGAAAGAAGAUUUGUAAAAAGAACAGCCAACCCACCACCAACAUACCCACUGUGAAGUUCGACAACCAAGUUAAUCCACCUGGACCUCCACCAGCCUACAUCAAUCCGGCAGCUCCUGCAGGCCCCCCACCAGUCUAUACUCCUGGCUACCCUGCUGUAGGUGAGAGUACUGUUCAUCCUCCGCCUAAUCCUACAUUUCCUCCUCAACCACCCUACAGCGGACAUCCUGCCACAUCACCUGCUAUGCCCCCUAACCCGGAAUUUAACCCUGAAUACAGCAACCAGAAUCCCCUUUAUCCUCCUGCAUCCAGCUUUCCUCCGGCUCAGCCUCCUCAGUGGAGUGGUGCUCCCAGCAAUCAACCUGCUCCAGCUGGUUUUGCUCCAGUGAUGUACAAUGCUCCUGCUGGCCCUGAGCCAGUCAAAAGGGAAAUAACUCCCAUGACUCCACUACUCACACCUCCAGAGCCUGAGGUGGCACAGAAUCCUGCCCCGUACUCUGAUACUGAUGACUCCUCAGACACCGCCGCCCAAUUCAAAAUCAACAAGGAAAAUGACUCAAGCUCCAACAUCCUGUAGUUUUUCCUCCCUCUUGACUAUUAUUUUAAACACAAAAAAGAUGCAUCGUUCACAAGAGUUAAAUGGCGCUGAUGCAUAUGUCUGUACUAUGAAAGGAGGUCAUUUGCUUUUUAUUCAAAUAAGUAAUCAUUUCUGGAUACAUAGGAUGUGUUCAUGGUUUAAUGAACUGGUUAUAACUUACAGUGAAAUAGUAUUGGGUGAUUCAGGUAAAAUGAGACUUAAAUUCAAUCUUAAAAUACAAUAAUUGGAAUGAGGAAAAAUGAAGGGCUAUAACAGAUUAAUGAACAGAUACAUGAAACACCUCACAGUAUGGUUGAAUUAUGCAUUGAUGUAUUUUAUGUGCAUUAAAUGGUGUUUUCUAAAGCAUUUCCUAAGCAGUGGAAUAAGGUGCACUGGGAAAUAUGGAACUUUACUCAGGCCUAAUACUUAGUAUGCAGGUGUUUUUUACUUUGUGUACUAUAUUCAUAUAAUUUUAGAGAGUGAUGUGAAUUUAUUAUUAUUUAAAAAAAAACUUUAUGUUGCUAAUGUAAGAAUAAAGAAAUAAAUUAUGAAACGUUACUUACCUUUUAGUUGUGUUUUUUUAACCUUGAUUUUUACAUAAUCUGUUCAAAUUCAGCUUUAGAAAAGAUUGGUUAUAAAUUUGGGAUAUUGAAGAAUUUUUUAACCCUGAUGAUGUGACUGUGUGAAGAAAUAAAUUAUACAAUGUUACUUAGGCCAUCAACUGAAUAUGUAGUCAGUUGUACUUAGAAAUACAGGUUGCAUAAAAUAAUAGCAAAUGUAUAACACAUUGUAUUAAAAACAAAGUUCUAUUAAAA